AUGCCCUUCACCACCUCAAAGUCGUUCGAGACCUCCCUUUUUUCAGCUCGUCGUCGACGAGAUCGUAUAGUAUCAUCAUCUAUCUCUUGCCUCAGUGAUACGCAGCAAAGCCUGCUCAGGAGUCAGGAGUACGACGGCACCCAGCGUGAGCAUUACCUACGAAGCACAGGGAAGUUUGACCGGUAUCGAAUCACAGAAUCAGCAACUCAUAGAAAUUACGCUCGUGGUGAAUCCUCACCUGCCGCCAGGGCACGCGCACAAUCACACGCUGUCAGACGAUACGAAGAAAGUCAAAUUCCAAGUAACAUCUUCGAGCUGCCCGAUGACAGUGAGCACCAGCAUUCUGGAGGCCAGCCGACGGUGACCAUUUCGGAGGGGGUGGAUAUCCUGUCCAUCCCCUUGGAUCAGUCAAGUCGAAGGACAACCAUCUUUGUCGGCCACAGCAGACCUACAGAGCGCCGGCCAUCCAAAGCCCCGGCGGACAGACACGACAUAAGACACCAACCAGCGGUUGGACUAUCCUCGAAAAUGCACCAGCCGGUCGAUCGGGAUGAUUAUCUCGUUGCCCGUGGUGCAAAUCCAAGAACAGGCGUUGUUACCCCCGGCUCUCACAGUGCUAGCAGUUCCCUCGACCAAGGGGAGACAUCUCGGCCACCAGCUCCUGCAGAUCAAAAUCGGUGGAGGCAAAGAGGGGAUCAAUGGGUCAGUUCAGAUAUGGACCAACCAUUACUCCCAGCUGCCUAUGGGAGGAGACCUGGAUUGCCGGAACGACAAUACCGUCCACUGCGGACGCCACCGAGACUGUCAUCUGCUAACCGUGACAGUUCAGUGGCGAGGCAUCAGAGGGCGUGGUCCGGUUAUGGCAGACCGCCAACUGCACCUGUAGGGGUGGCAGCGCAGGAGAGGAGUCCGACGUACGACCCUACCCAGCGUACCGACGGCCAAGGACCUCCAAGCGAAAAUGCAGCAGCCUUGACCUCACUUGGUGAAUCGAGAGACGAACCAACGGUCCGCCGGAAACCCGUUGGGAGUCCUCCAGCGAAGAGCGCAAGGGGCGAUGACUCUCAAGGGCUGGAUGUCACCAACAACAGCGACGAGACAGUUCUCAAGAAGCCUAGAUUCAACGCCGAUAUGCGAUCUUCUUCGGCUCCUGGUCCUCUCAGGUGGCGGAUUGAGACUCCAUACAACGUCGAUAAAGACUUGCCCACACUUCCACCACAGAGCACAUCUCCCAAUAUCAGUCUCGACCAAGGAAAAGCUGCCGAAGAGUCUUUUUUAGGCCAACGCCUGGCGACAACGGGAGCCAACGGCCAAAGUUCAAAAACCUCAAACAUCUGUGGACUUCCUUCAGUCGAAAAAGAACUACCAUGUCUGCCGACGAACAGUGGCCCAUCCCCGUUGAAGCCGGAACUGACCGUGAAUCCGAUGCAAAUUAGGGAAAGCAGAGGGAAGACCAGCAACUCAUCGAUGAUGGAGAACGCAUCACCGCAGGGGCCCAGAGGAGGCGACCCAGCAUACCCGUACAUCCGCGCAAUGAGGCCGACGUACCCCUUACCGAGGAAGAAGCCAGACUUCCCCAUGGGAGAAAGAAUGAUGCCAGUACCCGUCUACGACAACCCACCGAAGCUAUCAAUACCACCGAUGGGCAUGCCCAGGCUGCGAGCCGAAGGGCCCAGGUCAAUGCCUGGUCCAGCGACAAAGCCAUCAAACAGGCAACAACAGGAGUACAGCCUGUCAUCGAGUAUCACUACCACAGCCAUAGACACGUUUUCGAACAGGCAAGGGAUGCCACGACCACUUCGGAUCGGCCCGAGGCCUUUGAUGUCGGAGUCAGGGAUGCAGGGUUCUGGCCGUCAUGCUUUGGGGCCCCGACCGCCUCCGAUCGGAUCAUCAGACACUAUCAUGAGCACUGGCAUGAACAUGAAUACCGACAACCUGAUGUCCAUUCCUCUUCCAAGGAUAAGACCAAGGGCGAUGACUCGUCCCACAAUGCCAACAAGGCUGGAGGGCAUGUACGGCGUACCGAGAAUAGCACCAAACCCCAACCGAGCAGACACCACCGAAGUACGGUAUUCAGAUCCGAACAGAGACGAAAGACUCCAGCUCGAGCCCAGACUCAAUCCACCAGAGCCCGAGAUCGACCUCGUUCCGCCACCUCUGAAACUUCGGCAACCCAGCCGCGAAGCACCCAAGCCCGCGCCUCUCAUUACCGAACCGCCCGCCAGCGGUCUUGGUCUGCUGAGGAAAUGCAGCCGUUGUCACCACGGAUUCGUGGACGUCAAGCCUCGCAGUACGGAUGGUGUCACCCCUAUGUUCGUCCACCAGAAGGCCGACGGCGAAGCAAGCGGGGACUAUAAGCAACUGCACCCAACAGGCAGUCCCCUUCCAGGACUGCCGGAGGAGAUUGGUGACCAGAUGACCCAGGUGAAUUGUUCACGCUCGGAAACAACCGACGUCGUCGAUGAACGGGACCACACGAUCUGUAGUCCGGAUUGUUGCAAAGACGAGGACUGUCAUGAAGGGUGUCUGGGGCAUCCGAGUCCGAGCUCCAGGGCUAGUCCCACGAAGAGCAUAUGGUCAGAUGUGCAUAGCCCCAGUAGCGCCAGCGAGAUCGACGACUGGGAUGAUGUCAACGAUGUUAAAGGUAGUAGCAAUGACAAGAAAGCUCUUGGAAGGUCACCAAACACCAUCAACCCACAGUCGAGGAUCGAGCACGGUCCGACUCCUAUUGAGUUGUCAGCUCAGCCGAGAACGCCGGCAGCCCGGUCUCAAGAAGAUUUGGCUGGCCAUUCCGCGGAUGCUCUCAUUGCAGCGCUCAGUGCGACUGGUAUUUCGAGAUCCAAGAAUCUGGUCCCCGAACAAAGAAAACACAGGAGGCAGAGAAGCUCCAGCUCGCCUGUUAUUGGAGCGGCAGUCGUCGGCCCACCAUAUCCCAGCGAGAGUCCAGGUGCGUUUGGAGCAUCAUCCCGUCUCAGGAUACCCGCUCCCACUCCUGUAGGGUUGGCAAUAGCAUGUUCCGGUUCCGGGUUGUCUUCUAAAGGCCAAGGCGGCGGCGGCCGCCGCAACAUCAGCGGAACUAGCGUUGCUACAACUAGUACAGCAUUCGAGUUCCAAGUCCCCGGUUUAGGGCUGGGAUUGGGAGCUUUGGGUUCAAGAAGUUGUGCCAACAGUAGUACCAACUUUGGCGAAAUGGUUUUCAAUGGCAAGACGUGGAUCAAGAACCAUCCACACAUCACCAAACUCGGCUGGGACGUACUCGAGCGAGCAUGGCAAAUGAGCCAGAUCAUGACCAGUACAGGCUGGCGCCUUUGGGCUGUUCUGCUUGUUUACUCCCAAACAGGCAAGUUGAAACUCAAGCUGAACAAGAAAAAGGGCGAGACCCCCACAGGGUUUGUGGUCGACUGUGCUCGGAGCGCCUUAUAUCUCAUGGUCUUUGUGGCCGUCACCGUCUUUGUCAUGAGGAUUGUCAGGGUUGUGUUGGGUGUUGUGGGGAUCAUAGGGUGGCUGGUCAGGGCUGCUUUGUGGGUUUUGAAGCAGGUCUUGGGGUUUGGAGUUGUUCGAUGA